UGGCGGUGGCGGUCAUGACGAUAAAAGCGAUAUUCCCUCGUUCCGCAUCCGAUUGUGUUCGUCGUUUGCGUUUCACACUCCAAUCUUCAACCUCCUUCUCACUGCAUCUUCUCUUUCUCAAUAUCGAUUGAAUUCUCCUCACUCUUACAAUCCUACGAUCUACGACAAGAUUCUCAUGAUUCCAAUCGUUGGUUGAGAAACAUGAGUCAUUCUAUAAGCCAUUGCUUGCUUCAUCAAAGAUUGCUUCCUUCAACAGUUUUCGAGCAUCAAAGUAAGACAAAUGCUCCUUGCAUUUCUAGUAGAAAUACUUUAUUCAAACCUCAAGCGACUUCACAUAUAAGAAAUUCGCAUUUAAGUACCGAGUUUCGCGGUAGAGGACUUCAUGCUCGAAGAAGGAAACAACUUAUGGAAACUCGUCGUUCAGCUUCCAAGGCUGCUUUGGCCACUGGUCCUGCUUCCGAGCUUAUUGAUGGGUUCAAGCUUGAGGGAAAUUCUGAACUAAAGAUAAGUGUUAGUUCUGCUGCUCAAGGCGCUAUAUCACAAGUGGAAAUCCAAGUUACUAAUAGUAAUAACUCCUUACUUCUUCACUGGGGCGGUGUACCCAAAAUGAAAGAGAAAUGGGUACUUCCUGCUCGUCGCCCUGAAGGAACUCAAGUAUACAAGGAUAGAGCUUUAAGAACCCCCUUUCUGAAAUCUGGCCCUCAUUCCAUCUUGAAGAUAGAGAUUGAUGAUCCAGCUCUACAAGCUCUGGAAUUUCUUAUAUUUGAUGAAGAACAAAACAAAUGGUUCAAAAAUCGUGGUGAAAACUUUAUUGUGAAGUUGCCUGCAAGGGAUAAGCCUGUACCAAAGUUAUCAGUUCCUGAGGAUCUUGUACAGAUUCAAGCUUACCUUAGGUGGGAGAGGAAGGGUAAACAGAGUUACACUGCUAAGCAAGAGAAGGAAGAAUAUGAAGCAGCUCGAGCAGAGCUAUUGGAUGAAGUAAGCAAGGGAACUAGCAUACAGGAUCUCCGAACAAGGCUGACUAACAAAAAUGGCAAAAGUACUAGUCAGGAACGCGUUCGUUCUGAAACAAAGAGCCAAAUACCAGAUGAUCUCAUCCAAAGUCAAGCUUAUUUACGGUGGGAGAAAGCAGGAAAACCAUCCUAUUCUGAUGAUCAGCAACUUAAAGAGUUUGAACAGGCAAGAAGGGAACUACAAGUUGCCCUAGAUGAGGGGAGUUCGCUUGAUGAAUUGCGAAAAAAAUUUGUCAAGGGAGAGAUAAAAACUAAAGUUGUAAAGCAACCUGAAAGAAAGAGUAAUUUUUCUCCAGGAAGGAUUCAACGCAAGAAGAGGGAUCCAGUGCAGCUUCUCUCUAAGAAGCUUGCGGGAUCCCCAGAGGAGAUGACCACCAGAGAACUGCCAGCUUUAUCUCCAUUUGAACAAUAUGGUAAGCUGAAGGUGGAGCAAGCUGGAGAUACUCUUUUGCACAAGAAAGUUUACAAGAUUGCUGAUAAGAAAUUGCUAGUACUUGUCAAUAAGGCUAAUGGAAAAUUAAAGGUUCAUUUAGCUACAGAUCUAGAGGAUCCCCUCAUCCUUCACUGGGCUCUAUCCCAUAAAGCAGGAGAAUGGGUGGCACCACCUCCAACAGCUGUGCCCCUCGGCUCAAGUACUCAUGGAAAUGCCAUUGAAACACAAUUCAAAAGUAGUUCAGGCGAUUUACCUUACAAGGUCCAAUCCCUGGAAAUAGAAUUUGAAGAUGAACAGUUUGUUGGAAUGCCGUUUGUGCUGUUGUCUGGUGAAAAAUGGAUAAAGAAUAAUGGUUCAGAUUUCUAUGCAGAAUUUAGUACAGGUUCUAUGGUGGUGAAGAAGGUGGCUGUCGGUGAUGGUCAAGGUACUGCAACGUCUUUGUUGAAUAAAAUAGCUGAUUUGGAAAGUGAGGCACAAAAGUCCUUCAUGCACAGAUUCAAUAUUGCUGCAGACUUGAUAGAUGAAGCCAAAGGUAGCGGUGAACUUGGUUUUGCUGGACUUCUUGUAUGGAUGAGGUUUAUGGCAACCAGGCAGCUCAUAUGGAAUAAAAACUACAACGUAAAGCCACGUGAAAUAAGUAAAGCACAAGAUAGAUUAACAGAUCUGCUCCAGAACGCCUACAAAACUCAUCCACAAUGUCGAGAACUUGUGAGGAUGAUCAUGUCUAGUGUUGGCCGUGGAGGCGAAGGAGACGUAGGACAACGAAUCCGUGAUGAGAUCUUAGUUAUCCAAAGAAAAAAUGAUUGCAAGGGUGGAAUCAUGGAGGAGUGGCACCAAAAGCUGCAUAACAACACUAGCCCUGAUGAUGUCGUGAUCUGUCAAGCACUAAUAGAUUACAUCAAAAGUGACUUCGACAUCAGUGUCUACUGGAAAACACUUAAUGAGAAUGGAAUAACUAAAGAACGGCUCCUAAGUUAUGACCGUGCUAUCCAUUCUGAACCAAAUUUCCGAGGAGAACAAAAAGAUGGUCUUUUGCAGGAUCUAGGUCAUUAUAUGAGAACUCUGAAGGCUGUUCAUUCAGGUGCAGAUCUGGAAUCUGCUAUUUCUAAUUGCAUGGGCUACAAGACUGAGGGACAAGGAUUCAUGGUUGGAGUAGAGAUAAAUCCUAUAUCAGGGUUACCAUCUGAGUUUCCGGAAUUACUUCGAUUCAUCUUAGAUCAUGUUGAAGAUAGAAAUGUGGAGGCUCUUCUUGAGGGAUUGCUGGAAGCUCGGCAAGAGCUUCGACCAUCACUUUCUAAUUCAAGCAACCGUCUAAAGGAUCUUUUAUUUCUGGAUAUUGCCCUUGACUCUACUGUUAGGACAGCUACUGAAAGGGGUUAUGAGGAGCUAAAUAAUGCUCAACCUGAGAAAAUCAUGUACUUCAUUAACCUUGUUCUUGAAAAUCUUAUACUUUCUUCAGAUGAUAAUGAAGAUUUCAUCUACUGCUUCAAGGGAUGGAAUCAUGCAUUGAACAUGUUGAAAAGUGGAGAUAGUCACUGGGCACUGUAUGCAAAAUCAGUCCUGGACCGAACCCGGCUUGCACUUGCAAGCAAGGCAGAGUGGUAUCAUCAUCUGUUGCAACCAUCAGCAGAAUACCUUGGGUCACAGCUUGGAGUGGACAAAUGGGCUAUUGACAUAUUCACAGAAGAAAUCAUACGAUCUGGAUCAGCUGCUUCCCUAUCAGCACUUAUUAAUCGACUUGACCCUGUCCUACGUGAAACUGCUCAUCUAGGAAGUUGGCAAAUUAUUAGUCCAGUGGAAGUUGUUGGAUAUGUUGUUGUCGUGGAUCAGUUACUUACAGUCCAGAAUAAAUCUUAUGACAAGCCGACAAUUCUAGUGGCAAAAUCAGUUAAAGGUGAGGAGGAGAUUCCUGAUGGUACAGUUGCUGUCCUUACACCUGACAUGCCAGAUGUUUUAUCUCAUGUAUCUGUCCGGGCAAGGAACUGCAAGGUUUGCUUUGCUACAUGCUUUGACCCCAAUAUUUUGGCUGACCUCGAGGCAAAGCAGGGGAAACUGAUACACCUAAAACCUACUUCUUCUGAUAUUGUUUACAGUGAAACAAAGGAGGAUGAUUUAGUGAAUGGAGAUUCAAGCAAAUCUAUCGAAGGCUCUCUCCCCUCUGUAACAUUAACAAAAAAGCAGUUCCUUGGUAGAUAUGCAAUUUCAUCUGAUGAAUUCACUCCUGAAAUGGUCGGCGCUAAAUCACGAAAUAUUGCAUAUCUGAAAGGAAAAGUACCAUCAUGGGUUGGGAUUCCUACGUCUGUUGCCCUACCUUUUGGGGUUUUUGAGGAAGUGCUUUCUGACAAUAUAAAUAAGGUAGUGUCAGAAAAGCUGCAAGUCCUGAAAAAGAAAUUAUACGGCGGAGAUAUCAAUGUAUUGGGGGAGAUACGCAAGACUGUUUUAGAGCUUGCUGCCCCAGAAAAGCUAGUUACAGAACUGAAAUUAAAGAUGCAGAGUGCUGGCAUGCCUUGGCCUGGUGAUGAAAGUCAGGAAAGAUGGAAACAAGCAUGGACAGCUAUAAAGAAAGUUUGGGCUUCAAAGUGGAAUGAAAGAGCAUUUUUCAGUACAAGAAAGGUCAAACUAGACCACGAGUAUCUUUGCAUGGCUGUCCUGGUUCAGGAAAUAAUAAAUGCAGAUUAUGCAUUUGUCAUCCACACCACAAAUCCAUCUUCUGGCGACUCAUCAGAAAUAUAUGCCGAGUUAGUGAAAGGCCUAGGAGAAACUCUAGUUGGUGCUUAUCCUGGCCGUGCUUUAAGUUUCGUCUGCAAGAAAAACAAUCUAAACUCUCCUCAGGUGUUAGGGUACCCAAGCAAACCUAUUGGCCUUUUCAUUAGUAGAUCCAUCAUCUUCCGCUCCGAUUCCAACGGUGAAGAUCUAGAAGGUUAUGCUGGUGCAGGACUAUAUGACAGUGUACCGAUGGACGAGGAAGAAAAGGUUGUGAUCGAUUACUCGUCGGAUAAAUUGAUGGUCGAUGGGAACUUUCGCGAGUCGAUACUGACUAGCAUUGCUAAAGCUGGGAAUGCAAUAGAAGAGCUGUAUGGUUCUCCACAGGACAUUGAAGGUGUAGUCAAAGAUGGCAAGAUCUAUGUUGUCCAGACAAGACCCCAAAUGUAAAUUCCCACUAUCCCAAUAGUAACAAUAUAUAUUCAACUGUCUCAUUAUUUCUUAUGUUCACAAUAAAAUAAAAUAAUCAAUGUUAUUUAUUACAUAUAUAAUGAAUACUUCUU